AUGCCCCCGGAGGUAUCUCCUUACUCUCCUCAAACUCCAUUACUUUCUCCCAUCUCUACGAAAUCGCGGCAGCUCAGAAAAUCUCAGCUGCACCACAAAUUUUAUAAAGGAGAGGGGAAAAUGAGUCUUCUUAACAAAAAGAAACUCAUCCCUCUUCUUGUUUGUAUCUUGUUAUGUGCCUCAGUGUUCAGACUUCUCAAGAUAACCAUAGUUACUUCAUCAACAACCCGGCUGCCUCUUUCGUUAUCUCCUGUACACCUGAACAAUGUUUCGUACAAUGCACGAGGUCAAGAACCCUCAAAAAACCAUUCCAUUUCACAUGCCAAUUCAAACAAUCUAACCGAAAAGGAAAUGGGAUUUCUCUUAAAUCUCAUUUCUCACAAAUCCCCCUGCAAUCUUCUUGUCUUCGGCCUGGAACAUCAAUAUUCUGUCCUUGCAUCUACCAAUACAGGUGGGAUGACAAUCUUUCUUGAGGAUGAUCCAGAGAAGCUGAGCACAAUUACCACUGCCAACAACACUUUAGUGUACAAACUCAAGUAUCCGACGCUAGCCAAAGAUGCCUACAAACUGCUGAAGCAUGCAAGAAAAAGCAAAAAAUGUUCUCCUUCAUCUGGUCCGCUUAAACAAACAAAGUGCAAAUUGGCGCUAAAGAACCUUCCCAAAGCAAUAUAUGAAUUGAAGUGGGAUGUGGUGUUGGUGGAUGGACCAUGCGGUCAUAGACCUCUGUGUCCUGGUAGAAUGGCUUCAAUCUACACUGCUAGUUUAUUAGCAAGAGAAAAUCAUGGAAAUGUGACAAAUGUAGUGGUACAUGAUAUAGAUCGGAUGAUUGAGAAGUGGUUUUCAUGGGAAUUUCUGUGUGAGAACAACUUGGUUUCAUCUAAAGGCAACUUCUGGAAUUUUCGAAUACAAGGAGAAUCUAAUGCUACCACAUUUUGCUCCAAAUAA